AUGUUCAAUCCCUAUGAGGUGCAAUCAAAUUCGGGGUCCCAAGCGACGGGUUACUAUCAGCAAAUGCCGCCUCAACAACGGCAGCCUCAGCAACAACAGUUAGCUCCCUUCAAUCAGACGGAGCAACAAAAUGUCGGGUUCAGUAGUGUUCAACAAAACUUGAACUCGUUUCCAAAUCAAUCGCAGUCCGUUACACAACAGAUGAGUGGUUUCAAUGGCACUAAUGCGCUAUUGAAUUCUGCGACUAUGGGGCAGGCAAAAGGAAAUUACUAUGAGCAGAAUGCCAGUAUUCCAGCCGGUGCAGCUUUCAAUCCCAAAGCCAACCCCACAUCUAACCCAUCAGCUUUUGAAUCUUCUAACAAUUUCCAAGCUCAGGCUCAACCUUUGCAGACUCAAGGAACAGGAUUCUACAAUAUUCCUUUCCAGCAACCUCAGAUCCAGCUUGGUGGGCAACCUCAGCAGCAGCAGCAGCAGCAGUACGGACAGACUGGCAUGCAACCUCAAGUUCAGCAACCAUAUCAGCAAGCGGGUAUGCAAGCUCAGCCUCUGACCCAGCAACCUACUGGUCCUCUGUCCCAUCCUCAACAGCUGCAGCAUCAGGCGACUGGUCCACAAGUUCUUCAAUUGCAACAGCAGAGAACUGGUCCUCAGUCCCAAUUUUUGCAGCCACAAUCAACAGGUUAUGGACAAAUGCAGGCGUUGCUACCACAGCAAACUGGAUUUUACAUACAAUCGCAGCAGCAAACGCCAUUGGAACCUUUGAGACCGAAUGCAACUGGGUUUGUCAAUUCCUUUGCUAAUAACGGCAUAAACAACGACGUCAAGAUUCCUGCCAGAAGGCUCUCCUUUAUCACCGCUAAUGAUCAGGCGAAAUUUGAGAGACUGUUCCGCUCCAGGGUAGCCAAAGGAUCGAACACCAUCUCAGGUAACGACUGUAAAGCUAUUUUGAUGAAGUCCGGGCUACAGCCAUCUCAGUUGGCUCGUAUCUGGGCUUUGUGCGAUACGAGCAAAGCUGGUGAAUUGCUCUUCCCAGAAUUUGCUUUGGCUAUGCACCUAGUCAACAACGUGCUACAAGGCGAUUCGAUUCCGUUUGAGUUACAGAGUAAAAUCAAAAAUGAGGUUUCGAGUUUUAUUGAUGCUAUUAACUUAAGCAUCGCAUCCGGAAGCCAGACUGAUUUAGCCCAAACAAGGACGCCUUUCGACCAAUACUUACCUACUAAUGCGCCAAGUUUGCAGCCGCAGCCUACUGCGUCCAUGCCACAAACAAGCUUUGGCUUUCCCCUUCAGUCACAACUUACUGGCGGGGCAGUUUUGAAUCCACAGAUGACUGGAUCACUCCCACAGACAACCUUCGGGAUGCCAGCACAAACGACUGGAGGAGUGCAAUUGAAUCAGCAAAUGACAGGUGGGAGGUUACAGCCCCUGAAUACGGGUUUUAUGCCACAGACUUCUUUCAACGCGCCUAUUCAGCCGCAUGCUACAGGAAAUGGCAUGCUCCAAUCUCAAAUGACCGGUGGCUUUGCACCAAACGGGAUGAAUCAAAAUUAUAACUCGAUCGUCCCCCAAACGACAGGAGGAUUCAAUAAUGCUCUAACAUCGCAAGGAAAUGCUACUUACAACCAACAAAUAAACUUGGCUGGCGGUGCUGUUACCUCUCAGCAGGCUAGCAUCCCACUUCAACAACAGCGCACAGGAGGAACAAUACCAAAUCUAACGUCUCAAUCUACUGGUAGUAUCCCCAUUCAACAGCCUUCACUUACAGGACUGGCAGCACCAAAUGCGAUGCCGCAAGUGGGAAAUGAUAUUCCUCCACAAGUCCAGCUCUAUGGAGGUCUCUCUUCAACACUGCCAUCCCAAUCAACUGGCAAUCUUGCGUCACUGCAAAACCAACCAACGGGUUAUCUGCCACCUUCCGGAUUCAACCCAACCAUGCCUCUGACUGCUCAGAAAACUGGGUUCGGCAAUAAUGAGAUUUAUUCACAGAGUAAUUUUGGAUCCGAGUUCACCGCUCAAAACGCAGAUUCGAUCACUCCUGAAGAAAAAUCAUUGUUUUACAAGAUUUUCGAAACUUAUGAUACCAAUAACAGAGGUCUCUUGGAUUCCUCAUCUGCUGUGGAAAUUUUCAGGAAAUCGGGCCUGAAUAGAAGUGAUCUGGAGCAUAUCUGGAAUCUUUGCGAUGUGAACAAUAGCGGGCAAUUGAACAAGCAAGAGUUUGCGCUUGGCAUGCAUCUUGUUUACCGUAAGCUGAAUGGCUUUCAAUUGCCAAAUCGCUUGCCCUUGAGUCUGAUUCCCUCCAGCACCAAGAUUAUAGACAACGUUAAGAAUCAACUCAAGAGUGUCCCCAAUAAAGAAAAUAAACAAAAAUCGAAGAUUGAUGCUUUGAGUUAUAAAAACAAUGAUGAUGAGGUCUUACCUAGCUUCCGUAAUCGCCGAAAGGUGUUCAACAAUACGGUAACCUCCAGUCAAAAGACCACUCGACCAGAGUCCGAUGUAAAAAGGGAAAAAAUGGUUUCUUUGAGGAAAGCAAUCGAAGAAAAAAGAACCAUAUUGCAUUCACUGAGAACUCAUGAAUUGACUACCUCCGAGCAGGAUGAAUUGAGACGUGUUGAAAUUUUGAAGUCCGAGCUUAAGAACUUACCACAAUUUCCAAAUGUAGAGAAUGAUGCAGUUCCGAUCGAGUUAAGAAACAGAUUUGAUGAUGUCAUUUCGAAGUUACCUCGGAUCUUUUCCCGAAUUGCCGAAGUUGAUAACGAAAUAACGAAUGCCAAGGUCCGUCUAUUCAAACUCAAGAAUCCCUCUUCGUUAUCAGGGACGGGAAUUAAUGGAGAGAUUACAGAGGAAGACAGAAGGAAAGCUAAAAGUAAGGCUAUACUGAAGGCUAGAAUGGAUGCCUUAACUGGCAGACAGACAGGACCAACGGAAUCUUUGGAAGAAGAAGAAAGGAAGUAUAAUCUGGAAAUCAGAAGAAUUCAAAAUGAGAGUGGUAAGAACCAACACAUCAUAGAUGACAUAAGAAACUCCAUUUCGGAAAUCUCUGCCUCCUUGAGAUCCAACAUGAAUGGCGGAGUCUACGGCGGUAAUCCCGCUGAUUUCGGCAAAUGGGAAUUUGGUGCCGGAUUACUGCCAGAAGUUCGCAGCUUUAUAGAGACUUUGAAUUCGAGCAAGGAGACGACCAGUAGAAAUGCUGUCCCGCAUUCGCAAUAUCCCUCUCCUGGUUCUCAAUCUGGAGCAUCUGUCUCUGAUGCCCGUUCUGCCGAAGCUCAGAAGCCCUCAACUUUCGCUAGUAUCUCUGAUGUGGAAGAUGAUGAAGAGGAGAGGCGAUUGAGAGAGGAGCUAGCCAAGUUGAAACUCAAGAAGAAAACCGAGAAGGAGAAACGGUUAGCCGAGCUACGCAGGCAAGUAGAAGAAGCUAAGGUUGAUUCUGACGACGAUAAAAGCGAUUUCGUUCCAGUCGCCAAGCCUGUUGGAAACUCGGCAGCCCCAGUCGUUAAUCAGACGCUAACUCCCUCAGAUAUACACAACUCCACAAAGCCCGUCGUCCAACAUAGUUCUAAAACGCCAGAGGACCCCGUUUCUUCUGUUCCAGCGGGCGAUAGGAAUCCUUUUUUCAAGCAAAAGGAUCCAUCAGGCUCAUCAUUUGACUUGAAAGCAGCCGAAACGCAAAGAAGACUGCAGAGGGGUUUAGAUGACGAUGACGAUGGUUGGUCUGAUGAUGAGCCCCAGACGAUCAAGGCUAAAGAUCAAACAGGUGGGCAACAUGCCUACGCUAAAAAGGAGCCGAAUAUGGAGAUUCAAACUAUCGAUGCUAGGAAUGCGAACUCCUUAAGUAGUCCCGCAAUGGCGCCCCCGCUACCUUCUUUGGGAGGGACCGUGGAUUCUAAUUCGGGCCUCUCAGGCGCCAACAAUGAAGCAGUACCUCUUGCUCCACAUUUGCCACAAGCAGGAACAGCAGGUGCCCCUCCCGUGCCAAUCGCACCUCCUCUGCCACAGAUAAACUCAGGGGCAGGCUUCUCUAUGCCUCCUCCGCCAGCCUUGCCUGGUCAGUCUAUUGCGUCUGCGGGCCAGAAUCAGCUUUCUGUUAAGUCUCAUAAUCUGGACCAUGGGCAGGACUCUGACGACGUACUAUCUAUACCUGAGUCUGUGUCCUCGGUGGAUGAAGAUGGCUCUCAGCCCUCCGGUAUUCCGCCUCCUCCUCCAUUGCCCUGA